GGUGUCAAAAUAUAAAUAUCAAAUAAUCAGUGGUGUGGGGAAAGACGAAAGAUGGCGGUUUCAAAGAAAUGGGCGUCGACAAUCUCCGUGGUAGCUUCUUCUGUCUUUGCAUUCAUCAUCGUCUUCCAGAUUCCUCUCUUCCGAGUAGCGUGCAGGAACAAGACCUGUGAAUCACCACUGGAGGUAAUAUCCUCUCAGUUGAUUGGAAGCGAACUCGUUCCUUCAUCUCUUGUCAAGACUCUCCUUUAUCCUGGUGCCAUUGCCAAGUCCCUUCUCCGUGGCUCUCCACUCCCAAACUAUCACAACUUGUUCAACUUUUACCAUUUCGACCAGCUCAAUAGAUCUUCCUCCUCCUCCCUUUCAACCGAUGAUAUCCGUCAUCUUGAGGUGUUUGCUGGCUGCUGUCUAUGUCUGCUUGGAGCUUUACUCAGCAUCUUCAAACCCAGAAGAUUAACCUUCAUUGGCACGCUUUUGAUCUAUUGGGGUCUUCUCAGAGACCUUCUUCUGUUCAGCUCCCCUCCUGCCUCUGUUCGUGUCUACCCAACGCUCUUUCUCGCAUCCCUCUCUGCAUUCCUCUCCAUACGAAGCGACGUCAGGAAGAUCAUCCACUGUUGUUUCACUUCUUCUAAGCCCCUUUCCAAAUCUCUCUGACCCCACCCCACAUUAAUAUUAAAAAUGAGACUUCACUAACAGAGAUUCUAAAGCGGUAGAAGAAGUCACUAUUACUUUAUUAGACAUCAUCACAACACCAAUGGUUAACAAGCU